AUGAGCUAUCAAGCAGUAACCUCCGAUGAGGAAGACCAAAACCGCCCGGAGCGCGAAGUGAAAACGCUUAACAACAUUAGAGGAUGGUACUUGUACUGCUUUUCAAGCGAACCCUUUAUUGUGUCUGCAGUUUCGACAUAUGUACCCCUGUUGUUAGAGCAAUUCGCUCGGAUAAAUGGUGUGCUAGUAAAGGAUCAUUCUGUGAAGUGCGGUAGCUCAGAUGAGAAGUGCGUUUUGGGCCUUCUCAACAAUUCCGUCUUUAUCGAUACUUCUAGCUUUGCGCUUUACACAUUUUCCGCUAGCGUCUUGUUUCAAGCGGUCCUAGUGAUUUCGAUAUCAGGCCUAGUAGAUAUGUGGAAUUCUGUGAAAUUCAGGAAAAAUGUUCUGAUUGCCUUUGGUGUUUGCGGUGCCCUUUCAACAAUUGCGAUAAGCCAGCUUUCGUCUUCACAAUAUUAUUCGUUAGCACUCUUGAGCAUCCUUGCAAACUGCUGCUACGGAGUAGUCAACGUGGUUGGUAACUCCCUGCUUCCCGGGUUCGUCCGUGAUUUGAUUGACUACAACUCGCAUUUCAAAAAUAGUACUGUUGAAGAUGUCACGUCGGUAACUAGUGGACGAGGUUCUGGUGUGGGUUAUAUUGGCGCGCUUAUAGUUCAGGUCUGUUCGAUAUUUUUGGUGAGGAUGAGCAAAGCUCAUGAUAAUAUCCAAGUCGCAGUCUUAUUAGUGGGGAUAUGGUGGCUGGCAUGGCAGUUUCCCCUGACGUGGCUUCUUCAGGAUAUCAUUCCACCACUAAUUGAAGACGAACAGCUACAAAUAAGACCAUCUCCAAAAUAUCUCACUUAUGGUUGGAAGUCACUCUAUGAGGCUUUGAAACAUGCGAGACUUCUGAGGGACGUUAUGAUUUUCUUGUUGGGUUGGUUUAUCAUCUCUGACUCAAUAACUACCAUCAACUCAACUGCCAUUUUAUUUGCGAAAACUGAACUAAAAAUGGGGACGCUCGGGCUCAUUAUGGUUAGCAUACUUUCUCUUCUCAGUGGCAUUGCGGGCGCAUUUCUCAUUCCGCAAGUGUUAUCCUAUCAACUCAAGCAGCCGCCGCAGCGCAUGAUGAUGUCUAUCAUAGGCUGGGCGAGUGUUAUCCCGCUUUAUGGCACCCUUGGGUUCUUCUUUGACUCUGUUGGGCUGAAGCACAAAGGUGAAAUGUAUAUGAUGGCCAUAUGGUACGGCAUUGCGAUGGGAGGGUUAUCAGCAGUUUCACGAACUAUCUUCAGCUUGAUAAUCCCUAGCGGGAAAGAAUCCACAUUUUUCAGCCUUUUUAGCCUCACUGACAAGGGCUCCUCGGUUCUAGGGCCUUUUUUGGCAGGUUUGAUAACCGACAAAACGCAUAAUAUCAGAUACUCGUUUUACUUGCUACUUUUCCUUCUUUUGAUCUCUUUGCCAGUUUUCGGCAUGUUGAACAUAGAGAGAGGGAAAAAAGAAGCUAGAGAACUCGGGGAUAUUCAAACAUUAAAUGAUUAG